UUGUUGUUAUCAGCUGAUACAGUGUUGUGCUGUAAUCAGCUGAUGCAGUGGUCGCUCUGAGUGCCUCAUGGACGAAGCCAGCUGAAGGACACGUCGGAUACUGGUCCAAAAUGAAUUUUCUACCCCGAGAAGCGGUGAUAUACGAGACGAUGAACAAGGCGACGUCUGUCGUGAAGACCAGACGAUCGUAUGUUCUCGGGGGAUUGGCGUGUGUCAUCCUUGUUGUCAAGUAUGGGCCCGAUGUGAGGCAUAGAUAUUUUGCAUGGCUAAAUAGUCAGGCAAUCAAGAUGAAGUAUGGUCCCUAUGAAGAUGUCAAGAAAGAGUUAUUUGUACCAAUUACAAAAAUCAAGUCACAUGAUCCUGAAUUGCAAAAAGAAAAUGCCAUUAGAAUUCUUGAAAUUGGUGUUGGCAUUGGGACCAACUUUACCUACUACCCAGAUGGUUGCCAGCUAAUUGUUGUGGAUCCUAACCCAUACUUCAGUAAAUACUUCAAUGAAAACCGGGCCAAGUUUCCAAAUGUUAAAUCUGAAUCGAUCAUUAUAUCAACAGGAGAAGAUAUGGAUAUGGUGAAAAGUGAAAGUGUAGAUGCUGUUGUUAUGACUUUGGUUUUGUGUAGUGUGACUGACAUUGCCAAAGUUGUCAGUCAGAUCCAACGCAUUCUAGUUCCUGGUGGCAAAUUUUUUUUCCUAGAGCACAUUCAGGAGUGGGACCUAAAGAAGCACUGGAUGCGUCGGCAUCUUCAAAGUAUGCUGACGUGGUUGGGGAUCUGGCCAUUUGUGUUUGAUGGGUGUUGUCUAAAUCGUGACCCUUUACCAAUAAUAAAUACUAUAGGGUUCUCAAAUGUCUGUGCUGAAAGGCUGUAUGCACCAAUACCAGUGGCGUUUAUGAAAGUUGUUUCUCCUCACUUGCGUGGAAUUGCCACCAAGUAAUUAGUGAACAAUGAAACUCGACAUUUAACCUGUUGAAUUAACAGGAAUAACAAUAACAUGUCUGCCUGAAAUGCUAUGCGUGCUAGUGGCUUUACAAGAAUGUAAAAACAUCAAUGCUAUAUACUCUCAUAAACCCAAUGUACCUUUUUGUACAUAAAUAUUUUAUUAUUAUUGUUAUUCGAAACAAUGAUUGUUUAAUUAUGUCGCCUCAUGAUUAAAUCUUGACCCCUAAAGUGGGGCAGUCAUUAAAUUUGCCACCCUGCCUUUAAACAGAAGAAAAAGAGGAUAAUUAAUUUAGUUGUUUUAUUCUUGUGAAAUGGUGCAUCUGUAUUGAAAAGUAUGGAAAAUACACACAAAUCAUCUACCUGUAUUUUUGCCUGGGCAGUGGUCAACAUAUCCUCUGGUAUUCAUCAGCCUUGAAUAGUGAUAGUAACAAAGACCAAACAAAAUAGAUUUUUUGUUUAAUUUACAUAGGAAAUAUAUGAUAUUCAGAAAUAAUCUGUAUGAAAAAUAAAACAUAUUACAAAAUAAAUAUAUGUGCAGUACUUAAGAUUUUUAUGUUGGCCCGGGUAAAUGCUACAAUCUCUUUAUGAUAAGAGACCAGGAGCUGAAGUCUACCCAACUCCAAAUUAUUUUAUGGCCUACCAUGGCUGCUAAGAGAGACAUUUGAGCAUUGGAGCUCAACUCACAGGCUACGGGAGCCCAGGCAACCAGCACAUCGAUCAACCGAUCGGCAGCCUCGGCCGCCACCGCCUUGGUUCCUGUACUGAUUCACCUUGCAGAGAAGCUGGCAGGAACAGACAUCGCCAAGUGCAUGAAAAUACUCGACAGACUUCUCACUGCAAUUGGUCUACCCAAGAUGUCGGUUUCACCGCACCUACUACAGACUCCACAAGCUACCUCAACUCGACCAGAACAGAUCCCAACAGCAACAUCAGAACCAGCAGCAGCAACAUCAUCAUCAUCUCCGGAAACGGAACUGAUAGCAGAACUAGCAGCCCAAACAACUCAGCCGGCGGAACUGAUAGCAGAGCUAGCAGCCCCAAUGACUCGGGCACCAGCUACUGCAUCAACACAUCACCACCACCCAGUGGCAACCUCGACACCUUUCACUCUGGCACAAACGUGGGACAGGAGAAGGGGGAGAUAAGAAUAUACAGAACCACCUAUCUGCUACAACAACAGCACCAGCAUACAACGGGGACCUUGAAGUUACCUAUAUCGAAUCAGAAGCCAAAGAACCCAAACCUGAAGACGGGGAACACACCAGACGCAUGAAACUCUCAUGCUAUCUCCUUUUCAUCGAAGAUCAAGAUAUCGAGGUAACGCACAAAUGAGAAGACAACUGGCCACCAAAUGCAACCAGAUCAUCUCCCCCAAGAACCCCAACAAAUUCCUUCACCAUAUAUUUGUCCAGGCACACACAAUGGAUCGCUUCAUGGAAGUUGACAACCUGACAAGACUGUUCUAUGACCAAAACCAAAUUCCUCGGACUGUUUCAAAGAAAAUGCAUUAAGCAUCAACAUUUGUAGAUUUUGAAUCAUUGAUUUAUAAUACAAUAAAACUAUAACCUUCUCUGUUUAGGACAAAGGUUCACUUAUCAAUUUACAAGUAGACUAUUAUUGGAACUAUAAUAUGCUCUCAGACCAUCACAAGUACCUAGAUAACUAUCCAGGUUGUUUGAGUGGGGGGAGGGGGUUUGGUGUCUUAUUCUGAUCACUUUCCCUGAGAACGGGCUUAAAGCGCUUGAGGGUAUUUUUGAAGAAAAUUACAUUCAGUAGAUGUUACACUAUUUACUACAAACCAUCAAACUAUAAACUAUACACCAAGCUAUACACUAUCCACUAUAAACCACCAAACUGUUGAUCAGUGUUGUACAACUAAUAACACAUCACACGACCAAUCACCUUGUUACAAAUGAGAAAUUGACCCCAGGAUUGUCCGGCAUCACAGCUUAUAUUAAAUUCCUCACAAAUGAAAUUACCUAAUUUUCAGUCCUUACGGUGAGUGCAUCCUGCUAGAAAUAACAAGUAAAUGGUUCAAACAAAUUACCUCAAACGUGAUUUGAGAUACUUCAUAGCAUUCUUGAGAUGUUAACAAGGUAUUUGACACUACAAUAUAUAUACUGUAGUUUGGUGUAUUAUAGUCGAGGACAGGAAGACUUUUAGGAUAAUCUAGUUCCCAUAAGGCCAGGGAUGGCAAACCUUGUUGAGUGUGUUCCCAAAUUGGCAACCCAUCAAUCUAAAUAAAAUUAUCUCGCUUGCCCAUGGAAAUUUGGAGCAGCAGAUUAUAAUUUAUUAUUAUUAUUAUUAUAUUUGCAUUUGAUCACUUGUACUGUAUAUAAAAAAGAGAAUAAAAUGCUUGAAAGCAUUACUGAAA